AUGACCACCUCCCUCAAAAGCCAAAACAUCCAACUCAACCUCCCCGAUGGAUUAUCAGAAGAUCAAUUAAGUUCCUUUAGACCAUUCAAUAACUGGGUCGACACCUUGACAAACUCCCUCCGUCUUCAAUCAACACCAUCUCACCCAUUCCACAAAGACCCCUACGCUCUCCGCUCAGUAACAAUCCAAUCCUUCGACCUCUUUGGAAAACGCCUAGGCUUUGUAAAACUCACAGCUACCGUAUCCAACGAAGCAGGCGAAACUCUCCCCGCAGCCGCACUUCUCCGAGGGCCUAGCGUAGCGAUGCUCUUUAUGCUCAUACCCGACGACGCACCAGAAGAGCGCUACGUCGUACUAACAGUCCAACCGCGCGUCCCAGCAGGAAGUCUAAGUUUCGUAGAGCUUCCAGCGGGUAUGGUUGACGACGCGGGUAGUUUUAAAGGUGCGGCCGCGCAGGAGAUACAGGAAGAGCUGGGCGUGACAAUCCACGAGGACGAACUUAUGAAUUUAAGUGAACUCGCUGCUCCGGAAGAAGAUGGUUCGGAGGGUCUUGCGCAGGCCAUGUUUCCUAGCGCUGGGGGAUGUGAUGAGCAUAUUACCAUUUUCAGCUACGAGAAGCGUCUGCCAAGAGACAAGAUCCAGGAGUGGAGUGGUAGGCUUACUGGGUUGAGAGAGCAUGGAGAGAAGAUCACGUUAAAGGUUGUGCCGAUGAGUGAAGCGUGGAGGGAGGGGGCGAGGGAUGCAAAAUGUUUGGCUGCGUUGGCUCUUUGGAGGGGAUUAAAGGAUGAUGGUAAGCUGUGA